GAAUCAAGUGAAACCACUGAAUUACAUCAAAAGAGAUUAGCUAGAGAAAGGCAGGCCAGUUUGAGAAAAAGAAAAAAUAUCAAUGAUAAAAAUUGUCUACCUGAAACUCAAUUGCUAACUAGACAAGAAGAAAGUGAAUCACCUAAAAUAUGUCAAAAAAGGUUAGCUAAAGAAAGGCAGGCCAAUUUGAAAAAAAAAUGA